GUUUGCCUAUAAAAAUAGAACUAGAGACCGCAACACUACCGUAAAGAAAAUGGAUUUGCUGGAAGGGAAAUUCCGUGUUAAGGAUCUUUUUACAAAGCAGAAGAAAAUUCCAAGUUCUCACUUUCUCAUUUGACCAUAUGUUAUCGUCACUUCCGACGUCCUCUCUUCUUCUCUAGAGUCGCGGAAAGCUGCCUGACAACCCAGGAAAUCGAUGGGAGCCACAGCUUUGCAAUAUCGAAUAAAAAAUCACACCAGUUACAAAAACUAGAAGCCAAACAGCAACCCAACCACUGCGCUCAAAAUAUGGCGGGAAAACACCGACUGCAAUCUGCCUCUUUCCUUUCCCUCCUGCUUUUCCUCUCCUCAGUUGCCCUUCCUCAUUCUAAAUCCCAACCCAUAUCAAAUGAAGAAGAGAAACGCACUCUCCUUCUAAUCAAGCGCGACCUCGGCAAUCCUCCAUCACUCGACCCCUGGAACAACUCCACCUCAACCAGCCACUGCAAUUGGACCGGGAUACAGUGCAACUCCCAUGGCUCCGUCUCCCGAAUCUUCCUUCAGAACCAGAACUUAGCCGGACAAUUACCUCCUUCCAUCUGCGACCUCAAAAAUCUCACCUCUCUAAAUCUCUACAACAAUUCCAUCUCCGGCUCAUUCCCCACCUUCCUCUACAACUGUUCCAACCUCCAGUAUCUCAACCUCGCCGAGAACCUUUUCGUCCGCAACCUGCCCGAUGACAUCCACCGUCUAUCUCCCAGGCUCACCGACCUUGUCCUAUCCGCAAACAACUUCACCGGCGACAUACCUACAUCCAUCGGCCAACUACCCUCCAUUCAAAAUCUCUACCUUGCUUACAACCUUUUCAACGGCAUCCUUCCGAGCGAAAUCGGGAACCUUACCACCUUGGAGAUGCUCUGGCUAGAAAACAAUCCAUUUCCCUCGACAACGACGAUUCCGCCAAAGUUCGGUAACUUGACGAGGCUUACUGGUUUGUUGAUGAGGCAGGCGAACCUAGGAGGCGAGAUUCCGGAAUCGUUAGGAAAGUUGGCUGCGCUACAGGAGCUCGAUUUGUCAAUUAACUCCCUGAGCGGGAGAAUUCCCGAUGGGAUUUGGGCUCUUGAAACAUUACGAUUUCUAUUUCUGUACAAAAAUCAACUCUCGGGCGGAAUCAACGGAACGGCCAUCAAAGCUCUCAGCAUCGAGUCCAUCGAUGUUUCCCAAAAUCAAUUAACAGGAAGAAUACCGGAUGAAUUUGGGGGAAUGAAGCAACUCUCUAUUCUAUUAAUGUACUUUAAUAGAUUUUCCGGCGAGAUUCCGUCGGGUAUCGGAUUGCUUCCAUCACUCAGCGAUCUUCGCCUUUUUAACAACAUCCUAGCCGGUGGCCUUCCUCCGGAACUUGGAAAGCACUCACCACUGUGGAACGUUGAGGUGGACGACAACCUGCUCUCCGGUGAGAUUCCAUCUGAUCUCUGCGCCCAAAAAGCUCUGGUCUCAGUUAUUCUGUUCAAUAACAAUUUCUCAGGCAAUUUGCCGGCCUCACUCAGCAAAUGCUUCACGCUGAGCAAUAUCAUGAUUUACCGGAACAAUUUAUCCGGUGAAUUCCCGGCUGGGAUCUGGACAACAGCUGUGAAUUUGACGACUGUGAUGAUGGGAGAUAACUCUCUCACUGGCACUCUACCGGAUGCGCUCCCAUGGAAUCUGACGCGGCUCGAGAUCCAGAACAACCAGUUCGUUGGCAAUCUUCCGUCUACUGCAAAGAAUCUUAUCGUUUUCAAUGCGAACAAUAAUCUUCUCUUCGGCUCCAUUCCUCUCAAUUUAAGUAGUUUGCCCCAGCUUGCAAUUUUAUCCCUAGGGAGCAACCAGAUAUCAGGCUCCAUUCCGCCAGAAAUCUUCAAUCUCCGGUUCCUCACCGACCUCAAUCUCAGCAGCAACCAUCUCGUGGGCGAGAUUCCUUCCUCGAUCGGCACUUUACCAGUCCUCACCUCGUUAGAUCUAUCAAAUAACCAACUCUCGGGUGCCAUCCCGUCUUCGAUCGGUGGCCUACGGCUUAACCUCCUAAAUCUGUCCUCCAACGAACUCUCCGGCGAGAUCCCAAUUACGCUGCAGAGCAAAGCUUACGCCCAAAGUUUUAUCUCCAACCCCGGUCUCUGCUCCUCCAAUUCCGAUCUCCACGUCAGUCCCUGCAAAUUAAUUUCGGAAGGCUCAAAUGGUCACGCUCGUGGCUUUCAUACCCUCAUUGCCAUCCUUGUAGCUCUCGUUUUAAUUGCAGCCGCCCUAUUCGCUUUCUUCGUGGCAAGGGACUGUCGCCGACGGCGUAGUACCGACAUCAACCAAGAUUGGAAAAUGACGCCGUUCCAAUUACUCGAUUUCACGGAGGAAAGCAUUAUUCGUGGACUGAGAGAAGAGAAUCUCGUGGGGACAGGCGGCUCGGGGAAGGUAUACCGCGUGGCUGUUGGCUUCAGAUCCGGAGGCGCCGUGGCGGUGAAGAAGAUGUGGAGCGGGAGGAAAAUGGAUUGGAAGCUCCAGAGGGAGUUCGAAGCAGAACUUAGGAUUUUAGGGUCGAUUCGUCACAUCAAUGUUUUGCGGCUGUUGUGCUGCGUUUCUGGUGCAUGCGAAAAGCUACUGGUGUAUGAGUACAUGGAAAACGGAAGCCUGGCCCGUUGGCUACAUGGGGGCUACAGGGAGCUGGACUGGCCAGCCAGGUUGGGUAUCGCGGUCGGGGCGGCGAGGGGGCUGAGCUACAUGCACCACGAGUGCUCGCCUCCAGUCCUGCACCGCGACGUCAAGUCCAGCAAUAUACUUCUGGACUCGCAGCUUAGGCCGAAGAUCGCUGAUUUUGGGCUGGCUCGGAUGAUGGUCCAACCCGGAGAGCUGCAAUCGACUUCCAUGAUUGUUGGCUCGUUCGGCUACAUGGCUCCAGAGUGCGGAAACGCAAACAAAGUGAACGAGAAGGUGGAUGUGUAUAGCUUCGGUGUAGUGCUGUUGGAGCUGAUCACUGGCAGGGAAGCGAGCGAUGGAGGAGAGUAUGGAGGCCUUGCUGAGUGGGCCAGGUGCCACUUCCAGAAGGGGGACAAGAUGAUGGACGCAGUGGAUGAAAGAAUCAGAGACCCCGUUCACCUGGAUGAGCUAAGAAUUGUAUUCAAAUUGGCCAUCAUCUGCACUGCGACGAUGCCAUCAACCCGUCCUACCAUGAAAGAUGUGCUGCAGAUCCUGCUGCGAUGCGAUCGAAUGGGCAGGAGCGACGAGACGCUGGGCUCAGAGCGCGACUAUGAUGUGCUUCUGCAAAGCAAGACCAGCAUCAGGCGUAAUAAGAGCAAAUCAAUUUUUGAAGUCGAGGAUCUUGUUAACAUUGUUUGAUCUUUUUCCAUGAAAAGCUGAGAUCACGCCCUUCUUUGCAAAAAAUAUUAUGUUCGGCGUCCGGGCAAAAACAAGUUUUGUCCUGCCAGCGCUGCGAUCCACCGAAAGGAAUGGAAGAGAGAAAAAAAUGAUCUUCGAUGAAUCCGACUUCGAAAGUAAUAUUUUUUUUUCUUCUCGUUUUGCUUUGGGUGUAUUUGAUUUCAACCAAGGUGACGGCUGAACUAAACUAAUCAAACCAUGCAAUUAAAAUGAAAAUUAAAAAUGAUACGGGAUAGGUAAUAUCUCUUGAUUUCUUCCAUAAAUACAAGUGUAUUGUACUACAAUGUAUAGAAAGAUUAUUGGUGGCUUUUUCGUUU